CAAUAAGACACAGACACAUACAAAAUGACAUUCGUUUGACAAUUUGUGUAUGUGGGAACUGUGGAAUCGCAACUAAAACGUGUGAAAUAAAAAAGAAAUCAUGGAUUACCAAUAUGAGCAGGCGAGCGAGGUGGAAGCUUUAGACUCUAUUUAUUAUGGAGAUAUGCAAAUUAUUGAAACAAAACCCUUCCACAAGUUUAGUAUACCUAUCAAAUCUGAAGGGUUUGAUGAAGGAGAAGGGCUCGCGUGUCAACUAGUCUUCACAUACACAGCAAAGUACCCGGAUGAGGUACCUGUAAUUGAAAUAGAGGAUGAAGAAAACUUUGAUGAUGUUGUUGAUAAGGAUGAGCUGCUCUCACAUUUAACAGAACAGGGAAAUGAAAACUUGGGCAUGGUGAUGGUGUUCACAUUGGUAUCAGCUGGACAAGAGUGGCUCAAUGUCAGAUGGGAUGCCAUCAAGAAAGAAAGAGAAGAACAAAUAUUAGCCAAGAAGAAGGCUGAGGAAGAAGCAGAACUGAAAAGGUUUGAAGGUACAAGAGUCACUGUGGAGUCCUUCCUGGCGUGGAGGAAACAGUUUGAGAUUGACAUGGGUAUACCCGCCAAAAGAGAGAAGGAACAAAAGGAUAAGAACAAGCUUACUGGCAGGGAGCUGUUCUUGAGGGACACUACACUCAAUGAGUCUGAUCUUAAAUUCCUUGAUGAUGGAGAUGCAGUCAAAGUGGAUGAAUCACUGUUUCAAGACUUGGAUGACCUUGACAUAUCUGAUGAAGAUGAUGCCGACUAUGUUCCCGGACAGAGUGGCAGUGAGAGUGAUUAGUACAUAGUGUGCCCCUCCUACAGGGGGCAGUGAACGAGUGAUAGAACUAUACGCCUCCUCGGCUGACGCGCGCUUCGAACAGAUGUGGUUUACAGUUACUCAGUUAUUGUUCAAUAAAACUACACAAACAUA